CUGGUAGAUUUGCAGAGUUCUGAUAAAUAGUCACUUUUAAACAAAUAAAUGUAGCAGUGAGUAAAAUAAAUGCACAAAAGUUUAAAUAUCAUAUGAUGUUUAACACACGUUUGCAGAGAUGUUCAAAACUGUAAACGAUCUUCUCUACUGAUUAUCAUAAACCUGCAGAAACUUCUGGAAUUUUUGUUUUGUUUGUUACAUCAUUCGAUUGUCGGACAAUAGACCGCCGCAUGAUUGAACACUGAAUCAAGUAGAAAUACCCAGCGCCCCACAUUGAAUAAUACGAGCUAACUCGUAUAACAUUAGAGGAUAAACAGUGGAGUAAAUAAGUCUGAAUAACUCCAGGUGUUUCAACUGAGAUCUGCGGGAUAAAACAUUGUAAAAUGAUGUUUAUUAAAGAAGAGAGUGAGGACAUGAGUUAUCCAGAAUCAUGCAGUUCAAAUGUCAUGAAAAAUGAAGAUACUGAGGAACAAAGAGAGCUGUUGGACAUGAAAGAAGAAAGUCAAGAACUGAAGGAUGUGAAGGAGGAGGAGCACCAUCCGUGUCAGGCACUUUAUAGUUUCAAAACUGGACAAAACUCUUUUAGUGGCUCACAGACUAAAAAUAAUUUCUCACAAAUAAGAACACUAAGAACAAGAGCCAAAAAGUCUUUCUCCUGCCAUCAGUGUGAGACAACUUUCACACAGGAAAGUCACCUUCAGAGUCACAUAGGAAGUCACACUGGAGAGAAGCCUUUCUCCUGCCAUCAGUGUGGGAGUACUUUUACACGUAAAGCAAGUCUUAUUACUCACAUGAGAAUUCACACUGGAGAGAAGCCUUUUUCCUGCAAUCAGUGUGGGAGUACUUUUACACGUAACGCAAGUCUUACUACGCAUAUGAGAAUUCACACGGGAGAAAAGCCUUUCAAAUGCCAUCAGUGUGGGAAGAGUUUCAGACAAGCUUGUAUUCUCAAAAGUCAUUUGUUCUUGCACUCUAGAGUAAAGUCAUAUAGCUGUGAUCAAUGCGGCAAAAUAUUUUCUUCAAGAUCAGUCUUACAAACACACUGGAAAAUUCAUCCAAAUGAAAAGCCUUACUUGUGUUCUCUUUGUGGAGAGAGUUUUUCAAUUCUGCAGAGUUUUAAAGACCACCAGAGAAAACAUACUGAUGUGAGAGCUCAUGUGUGCUCUGAGUGUGGGAAGGCCUUUUACCGACCUUGUGACUUAGAACAGCACCAGAGAAUUCAUACUGGAGAAAAACCUUACAAGUGUUCACAUUGUGAAAAGAGUUUUACUGGUUCAGGUAACCUGAAAAAACAUGAGAGAAUGCAUAGUAAAGAUAGGCCGUACCACUGCACUUCAUGUGGGAAAAGGUUCAUUAGGUCGGAAAACCUGAAAUCACAUGAGCGAGUGCAUACUGGAGAGAAACCAUACCACUGCACUUCAUGUGGGAAGAGUUUCAGCCAAUCAAGCUCUCUACUGACUCAUAUAAACAAUCAUUGUCCAUUGUUGUCACAUUGUAAGGCGGGUGCCAGUGAGUCUGGGCUACUCCUCGAGAAAACAAAAGGCUCUCAUGAGAAUUAACAUCUGAACUCUCUCUCGCAGAUGUAACAGCAACAUCCGAGAUGCAACAUACUGUGCAGCUAACACCUCCCUUCUAAAGUAUCUUCAUCUUACUCCUCCUCCUCACUUAAAGCUCACUAAAAACCUAUGCAAUGUGAAGUGUGUACAAAAAGUAACUAUAACAUGUUUGGUAUCAUUUAAAGUCUCUCAGUGCGCCUGGUAAACUGGUCUCAUCCUCUCAGCCAUAAUGAAAAUCUAAAAGAAGUUAUAAAAUAUGUGAAAUGUGGUGUGCCCCUUAAAGGUGAGCCCUCCCCCAGAUCCUCCAUACCUCCUGUAUGUUAAUCUACAGGAACCCUCUCAACAGGGGACCAAAAUCUAAUUAUAAUGACAGACACCACCAUUUGGUAAGCAUAUUGAAUUAUCUGGGUAUUUAAGGAGAGGCCACACAUUGCUCAGGGCUCUCUGUAAUCAGACGAUCCCAAACAGUUUACUGUUUGUAGUUUAUUUCAGGUGAUUGCAAUUCGUAUUUCUUAUGUUUUGAUAAAAUGUCUAACUUUGACUUAUCAAUGUCUAAUUGGAAUUGAGGAAUUGAUUAUGUUACCUGGUCAAUAAAUUGUCAACAUUUGAUUUUAUUCUGACUGACUUUGACAUUGUGUUUCCCCAUCAGAUUAAACGAUUCGUAUGUUACCGCAAGUCUGCGUCAGAUUAGUGACGACUAAUAUUAGUCAUCGAUUCAAGUGUACUUGGUUUGCAAAGACAAAAAGGGAAUUUCCGUUUAGAACAGCAAACGCUGCUUGACCAAUCUAAAUCUGGGUGUCUUACCUCUGUUUUAAUUUGAUGUUUCUCCAGAUAAGUGUACGUGGGAAACCACGCAUGGCCAAUCCAAAGCUAUUAUAAGAGAAGUUAUGUUGGUCAAUUUACAUCUGUAAUAGUGGCCGUGACCUCUACUGAAGAAAAUGUUAAGUUACAUUCAAGUGUAUGCAAUUCCAUGGGGCUAUACUGAAGUAUCUUUGAUUGUGUGUACGUGAACGUAACCGAUCUCAGGUAUAUAGCAAUUACCUCUGUUUGAUGAUCCAAUACUGGCCGCUUGUGAUCGUGAGACCCGCGGUGUAGAGAAAACACGCGAGGACCUCAAAGCGACAUAGUUUCUUAAUCUAAACGGGUAAAAUAUAAUUAAAGAGUUAAAGGAAUAAUCAAACAUUCGCUCACUUUUAAUGAUACUCAGAUAUCAUUAAAAACCUUUUUCAUUUAUGGAGUCAGAUGAAAUAACGAGAUAAUACAUAAGAGAAAAUGUAUUUCAUUUAAUAUUGUUGUGUUGCGUACAAGAAAGACAUUAACGCGCAGAGACCUUCACCCGUAUUAUUGGAGACCGUCAUUGGACCGAUAAACGGGCUUACAACAUUGAGCAGUUAAUUUUUAUUUACAUUUACAUUUAUGCAUUUGGCAGACGCUUUUAUCCAAAGCGACUUACAGUGCACUUAUUACCGGGACAAUUCCCCCGGAGCAACCUGGAGUUAAGUGCCUUGCUCAAGGACACAAUGGUGGUGGCAGUGGGGAUCGAACCAGUGACCUUAUGACUAACAAUCAGAAAAUAGUAUGAAAUUUAGAAAAGAAUGGAAUUUCUCACAAAAGAACAAUGCUGUUAAAGCUGAUAUAAUUCAUGUUGUAAUUUAGUAUAUAAUUUGCACAAGCUCCACCGAAUGGAUUGCAAAAAUAAACCAUGUUUAUUAAACAAAAAGCUUUUUGAAUACGCCUCUUGUUUGAUCAAAAAAAGAGGG